AUGAUGCUUAGUUCUGGAUUCCAGCAAGCAGCAAGCAGCAGCAGCAGCAGCAAUAUACCCGAAUCCAUUCCCACUGUGAGUAUACAUAAACGACAAAAAACAGAUCAUGUACCUCCGGAAACACCAUUGCCAACGGACCACCAAGUCGAUGACGAUGAUGAUAUGUUUGGAGAUGAUAUUGCUUUGGAUGAAUUGGACCUAUCUGCCAUUGUUAACAAUGCCAGUAAAAAACCAGACAUGGCAAUGAGUAGUGAUAUGUUUGACGAUCUGGACAUGGAUGAAUUAAAUGACUUGAUUCAAGCAGAGGAAGCAAGGCCCUCACAACCGCCAUCAAACACCCUUGCUUCAAGAGAAAAGAGACGGAAAUUCCUUCGAUAUCUAGUAGCCAGCAUGACAAGUCAAAUCUAUGUUAUGGAUGAAACAAGGUACACUGAAAAGGUUCUUGUAUUGAUCCAAGAAGACGAAAACCGUGCCAUCACCGCUAAAUUACGACAAGAAUGGGAGCAAACUCGAGUUGUGGUGGGCGAUGUGGUUCAUAUACCUUAUACAACAAACCUGAAAGAGAUCAUCAUUGACAACCAAAAGAACUUUAUUGUGGUUCAUCCAGAUCGACUGAUUUCAUGUACGGCCGUCGCUGAUAGUUACUCAUGUCUUCGCAAAUCAGUUUUGCAGCUCAAAGUGAAAGGUGUCAGCGAAUACACAGAGGCACUUGUUCACGGCAACAUUAUUCACGCCGUCUUGCAAAAUGCACUGCAAACUGGAGAUUUUUCAGUGUCAAGCAUCAAGAGACAAAUGAAGAGCGUCAUUGCCAACUCGCUGGAGGAUCUAUACGCUAUGGAUCAAGAUGAAAAAACGGCAUUGGACAUUUUGAUGGAGUAUGCAGACCACAUUCAUGCAUUUGGCACGAAAUAUGUAAACGAGUAUCCACGGCCUGAUGCGCGGGUCAGCAAGAACAUGGGCAUGAAUCCCGAGGCCGAGAUGGGGUGUACGUCUGUGUCGAUCUGCAAAGUGUUGGAUAUCGAGGAGCAUUUAUGGAGUCCCACUUUUGGCCUAAAGGGCAUGGUGGAUGCCUCUGUUCAGCUUAGAUUGAGUCCAACCAACAAGGUCUUGACAGUGCCAUUUGAACUAAAGACUGGAAAAGUGGCAAAGUUCAUCACCAAUCGUGCGCAGACAUUACUCUACACGCUGUUGAUGAGUGAUCGAUACGAUGUUGAGAUUGGAGCCGGUAUACUGUACUAUUCCAAAGUUAACAGCCUGUACCUGAUUCCAUCAUCCAGAAACGACCUGCGUUCAUUGAUCAUGGCACGCAACUACCUGGCCAUUGCCUGCAGUAGUGAAAGUCUGCCACCAAUGCUCAGAAACAGCCAUACAUGUCAGUACUGUUAUAUCAACGACGCCUGUACGCUAUAUCACAAGGCUGUGGAAAAUGGAAACGGAACAACCAGUGGCCUUUACAAAUUAUUUGACGACAAGACAGACCACAUGACGGAAUCCACCAGCAGCUUUUUCAAGCAUUGGUGGGAGUUGAUAGAUCAAGAGGAAACCGACAUUGAUUACAUACGAAAAGACAUUUGGAGCCAGCCUGCCGAGAUACGUGAAUUGUCGGGUCGCUGCUUGGCCAGCAUGGAACUCAAUUUGGCUGCCAGUAGUGUGGAUCCUCAAAUAGAGCAAUGGAAAUACUGCUUCACACGUAAUCCUAGCCAGAUGGAGCAGCGCCCUUUGCUCUGCAACAUAUCCGUGGGUGAUCCUGUUGUCGUGUCCAGCAUGCAGGGUCAUAUUAACUUGGCGUUAGGGUUUGUUAGCAGCAUAUCAACAACUGAAAUCGUGCUGGAUCUCAAUGAACCCUUAAGAAACCCACCACAACUGGGGUCAUCCACAUUUGACGCGCUCAACAACCAAGACUUCCAUUCGUUCAUUCGUUUCAAAGAGGAUGUCCACAGCUAUUACUCGCUGAUGAACGUUCAAUACAGAAUAGACAAGGAUGACAUGUCGUCUGGUAUGGCCAUGCUUCGCAACAAUCUUGUCAUGCUGACAGCAAAAUCCAACAACAGCUCUUCAAAUGACAGAUUGCGUGAACUCAUUAUUGAUCUCAAAAAGCCCAAUUACCACGCAACUACACCCCAUGUACCUCCCACACCCCACAUGAACCCAGAUCAACGAAAAGCACUGAUACGUGUGGUACAGGCAGACGAUUACAGUUUGAUUUUGGGCAUGCCAGGCACGGGUAAGACAACGACGACAGCAGAAAUCAUCAACUACUUGGUGCGUCACAACAAGACAGUGCUGGUCGCUGCUUAUACGCAUACUGCUUUGGAUAACGUUUUGAUGAAAGUGCGAGAGCAUGGUGUCGAUGUCUUGAGAUUGGGUAACUUGGACAAGGUGAUGCCGGCCAUGAGGGAUUGCGUGCCAUCCAGCAGUAGCUCCAUCACAACAGUCAAGGAAAUGAGAGAACUGUAUGACAGUAAGAAGGUGGUUGGUGUUACGUGCCUUGGUAUUGGACAUGUCUUGUUGCAGAAACGAGAGUUUGAUUACUGCAUCAUAGAUGAAGCAUCGCAGAUCACACUACCCACAUGCAUUGGGCCUCUUCGUUACGCCAAAAGAUUUGUGCUCGUAGGCGAUGUCUAUCAACUGCCACCCAUUGUGCGCAACAAGGAAGCAAAUGAAGCUGGAUUAGAUAAAUCGCUAUUUGCCAUCUUGGCUGAAGCAAGACCCGAGUCCAUCAGUUAUUUAGAGUACCAGUACCGUAUGAACAGAGACAUUAUGGAUGUAUCCAACGCGCUGAUUUAUGACGGCAAACUCAAGUGCGGUAACCAUCAGGUAGCAUCCAGGACGCUGCAACUACCACAACUGGACGCUGGAUUGAAUUCCAUGCAUGAGCACAGUCAGUGCCAGAGCAAAUAUUGCUGGUUGGCAUCCGUGCUGAAUCCCAGUAGAAAGGUCGUUUUUGUCGAUACGGAUGAGAUGAAGUGCAAGGAAAGUCGACCCCUAGGCAGUUUUCUACAGAACGAAGGCGAAGCACAGUUGAUCCAACAGGUAGCUGAGACGCUGCUCAAAAGUGGUUUGGAUGAGGACGAUUUAGCUGUGAUUUCAGUGUACAGAUCGCAACUGCGCGUCAUUUCUCAAUUGCUAAAGACGAAGAAAAGCAUUGAAAUUGCCACAAUUGACAAGUAUCAAGGCAGAGAUAAAGACUGUGUAUUGAUCUCGUUGGUACGUAACAACAACCAAGGCAACGCUGGUGAUCUUUUGAGAGAUUGGCGUCGACUUAAUGUGGCCAUCACGCGUGCAAAAAGUAAAUUGGUGUUGUUUGGUUCUGCUUCUACCUUGAGAGCAUCUGCGCUCUACAGUCAAUUAUUGGAUUCGUUUGAACAAAAGGGCUGGUUGUGCAAAGUGCCGGAAAAUGCACAAGUACUUCACAAGCGACAGGGUCCAACAGCAGCAGCAUCAGCAGCAGCAACACAGGCCCAAAAUGAGAACGAGCCUGUUCUAUUGACACCGAAAGAAAAGAAACCACCUAAAUCAUUUCUGCCUACACAUGCUAUUCUAAAGAAGAAUGAGAUUUUGCAGGAUUUGUACAGCAAUGCACUUUAA